AUGUCUCUAGGUCAAGCCCCAAUCUUGCCCACUAUUGCUGAAAUCCACGAUAUUACCCAAACGAACGCCUACCUAUUGGAACUGGAAAAAGCGAACAUGAAGAUUGUCGGUGAUGUCAAAGAACAAGCAGGUAUCGUGUAUCACCUCGAAGGGCGUAAUGAAGCUACGACCAAGGUUCUUCGCCAGGAAGCCGAAUGGAUCGAAGCUGCCAGAGAUAUCCUCAAACCCAACAUCACAAACUUAUCCGAGGCUUUGAACUCUUUCUGCGAGCGAAACAAGCGAGAGUUGGAGGAAAUGGCCCUACAAAACAAGGUGAUACUUGAUCUCAAGCGAUAUUUCGAAGGCGCCGUACACGAGUUCGAGCAACACACUACACAAAUUUUGUUCCAAAUUGACAAACAAGCAAAGAUGAUUUCACACCUUGAAUCGCGGAGCCAUAAGCUUGAAUCACAGGUCAACGAUCAGAAAGGUGUGAUAUUUACUCUCAAUAUCAAGAAAGGAGCAGCGGAGUAUGAGCGCCAAGAACAAACCAGAAUCGCAGAUUCUCUGGACAAGCGACUCAUGAAGAUGAAAGAGGUCAUCAAUAACCAAGCUCAGACAAUGUUGGGGAAACUAGACUACCAGCAAGAAUUGAUCGACGAGUUGGAUGCGCACCAUGAGGAAUAUUUCCGUCCAUUACACAACACGAUGAUGGAUAUGGUUGAGAAUAUUGAGCAUUGGACAGGAGAGGACAGUGACGACUUUUGUAUGGCCUUCAAGCUCGAGACAGAGUCCCAUGCAAGCCAUGAAAUAAUAUCCGAGCUUCAAAAGACUGUCGACCACCAGGGCAUGAAGCUAAAGCACCGCGAAGAAAAGAUCAGUGAACAGCAGAAAAUCAUUCUCGACGUCAAGCACAUAAACGCAAGGUUGGCAUCCGAGCUUCAAGCACUAACCGAUAGGAUGGCCUGCUUGCUCGAGUUGCAGAAUAUUCAAAAAGACCAAGAGAAGCGUGAAGAGAGAGCCACCAAAAAGUCCAAAAAACAAUCAAACAAAAAGUGGCACAUUGAGCACAUGUGCAACACUUUAUGCAAAGCAGAGAAGGAAUCAAUGCAGAGCGCAAUCUCCAGCCUCCAUUACCGAUUGCGUCCACUUGAGAGCAACCUACUGAACACCAGACAGAGACAGUUCUGCUUCUAUAUCCAAAACUGUGGCACUAUCAGCGCCCAAGAGGCUAACGCAAUGCUCCGUACCAUAGCCCAAUCUGAAAUGGUCAUCAAUCCCGCAGAGACAGAUGCACGGAUGGUGCAAGAAAGACUGCCCCAGUACGCCGCUGAUUUCGAUCGCCUCUACGGAGUUCCUGCUAAGAAGAUCCUCGAAUCUGGUGAGUAA